UAUAUCUUGAUGGCGGGAAAAAGUAAAUCAAACAGAACAAUUCCACUCUCACAACAAAGAAUUUUCCUUUAAAAGCAAAUUAAGUAGUUUUAUAUUAUAAUGGAUACAUCAACGGGAAGAAGACGAGUAAAUCUUACUGUUGAAAACACUGAAAAUUAUAUAGAAUAUUCCCAUGACCUUAACAUGUAUGAUAAAGCUCCUGAUCAUAUUAUUCCUCUGAAUGAAUUUGAAGAAUUAGCUUUGGAAAGAUUACAGCUAUUGAGAAUAAUAGAACAAGCAUCUGCCAGAGGUCACAAGCAAUUUUCGGAAGACUGGAAAAAGUAUAUUAAGGAAGAACUUGCCAAACUUGGACUAAAAAAAUAUUUAAGAUUACUUCUUGGGUACAAUGGACAAAGUGAACAAGAUAUACAAGCAAGACGAGCAGAUCAUUUUUCACAUUUUAUCCUUAGGCUUGCAUAUUGCCGAUCAGAUGAUUUAAGGAGGUGGUUUUUAAGUAGGGAACUUGAGUGGUUUAAACUGAGAUUUAUUGUUCAAAACCAACAAGGAGUUAUGAAAUUUUUACAACUGAAUAAUCUUACCUAUGAUCCAAUAUCAUCAGAUAUUAAAGAAAAACUGAAGCAAGAAUUGUUGGCAUCUACAUCUGGGAUAAACGAAGGCAUGUAUUAUUCAUUAGAUUUUUAUAAAGUACCAUUUACUGAAGUGUUAACAUUGGUGAAGAAUAGGAAAGUGUUUUUAGAGCAUGGUUUUGCCUUUAUACCCACUUCUGAAUUGGUUGUAUCGAUCCAAACCCAAUUUAGAUCAAUUUUAAAUGAGGCUUUAAGCCUUUACAACCAACGUCUUCCCUCACUUGAUGACGAUCGAGUAAACUCAUUGUUGGAUAAUCUUCAUAAUCUUUACACAGGCAAAACUCAUAUUGUAGACGAUCCAAAAGAUGGCGGUAUUAAUCCCGCCAAUUUAGACGUAUACUCUCAAAAACACUUUCCGCUAUGCAUGAGACAUUUGUACAAUAUAUUAAAAUCAAAUCACCAUCUUAAACAUUUUGGAAGACUGCAACUAAGUUUAUAUUUAAAAGGAAUAGGACUUGCUUAUGAGGAUGCUAUGGAAUUCUGGAGAGAAGAGUUCACUAAAAAUCCCCAGAUUGACCAGAAUAAAUUCGAUAAGAGUUACUCAUAUACUUUUAGACAUUCAUACGGAAAAGCUGGUGGAAUGACAAAUUAUUCUCCUUACAGCUGUAUCAAAGUAAUUAUGAGUAAUGUUGGACCAGGUGAACAUCAUGGCUGCCCGUUUAAACACUGGGAUCAAAGUAUACUGAAAAGUAAAUUAGGAGAAAUUGGAAUACCAACACAAGGUGUUACUUCUAUUGUCGAGUUGGUCAACGGUGGACAUUAUCAAAUAGCCUGCAGUAAAUACUUUGAAUGUGUUCAUGGCGGACAGCAACCUCCGAAUAUGAUCAGCCAUCCAAACCAAUAUUUUGCAGACAGUAUGAGUCUUUUAAAAGAGAAACAAGAAAAACAGGAUAAGCAAAUGAAAAUAAACUAGUUGUUAAGUUUUAUAUUUUAAUGGAUAUUUUUUUAGCAAUGUAAAAACUUGUAUAAAGCAAUAUUUUACAAAAUAAAUUAUUUUAAUUUUUU